AUGGCAGAGGAUGACGAGGAGAGUCAGAGGCCUCCAUUACUCGCAUUAACGCACCCGAGUCAAGAGCAAGUUGCUGGCUCGCAGCCACCAUUGUCACAUUUGCCCAGAGGUCCAACCAGGCUGCCGUCACGUGCGGACGAAGUGCGGGAUACGGUGGAGAGGAGAAGAUUGCCGCAGGUGGAGAAGGAUGCAGACGAUCCGACUACACCGCCAGCGACUGGAAGAGCGAGUAUAGACAGGCAACAGUCGACGACUCUCACAACGCUAAGCCGUCUCUUCGCUGUCCAAGCCGCAACGUCACCGGAUGUCUCGAGACAUCCUUCCUACCUCAGCGGGCAGCGGCAGCCUUCUACAUAUAACCGCAAUUUGCAUACUCGCCGUGUUGCUGAUCUUCCGAACCAUCUCUACACCCGCGGACUACUCGACGGCAGACAUUCUGACAUUACCGUCAGAGCUUUUGGGCAGCAGUACAAGCUCCACCGCAUCGUCCUUGAUCAGGCUCCGUUCUUCACUUCGGCACUGUCGGAGCCAUGGCUUGAAGCCAAUGCCACUGAAAUCGUAGUGCGCCCAGAAGAGAUCGAUGGCUCGAUUACCCAAGCAAGCUUCGAGCUUGCACUCAAGCGUCUAUACGGCGCUAGUGACUUGCAGGAAGAGGACGGCGACGCUGUUGGCUUGUUUGCCACAGGAUGCUGGCUCGAGAUGCAAGAUCUGAUCGAUGACUCGAUCGGCAGCAUGUUGCGUCAAAUGACGCCGGAAAGCAUCAGUCCACUAAUCAAGCUGGUGACAUCAAACUACUACGGCAGGGCUGGCGACAAGAUUCUGGCAAGUGCGAAAGCGAUGUUGUGUAGAGACGGCUGGCGAAUGCCACUCCGCUACUGGGAUGGCAUACCCGGCGACAUAAUCCGCGAGAUUGUCGGCGGCGAUGGCUUCUUCAUAGAUGGGGAGUGGGAUCGCUGGGUCCUCGCCAAACGCAUAUUAGACCGUAGACUACGAACUCGUGCCAUCGAAGCAGGCCUAGUCGAGCCAGGCAGUAGGCGGAAAGUGAAGAAAGCACCAGAUGCGAGCAGCCUGAUGGCGAUUCGCUUCGACGGUGUGUACCGCAAGAACAAUGCCGGUCGAGGCUUGCCGGAUGCGCUUCACCCGUGGGUCUCGCCGUACACUCACCCAGACAUCGAGCCCAUCCUCGUGCUCCUGGACGAAGGUAUUCACUACAUCCACCUAGACUUCGAACAGCUGCAGUUCAUCCGCCGCGCCCGAGAUCCACUCGGUUUGCCGGUCAUGCCGGAGAAGGUCAUAUCGAACGCGCUCUGGCAGCAGAUGGAGCUGCGUCAGAAAGUGAUGAAUGCGAAAGAUGCUGACCUCGAACUUAACCUUUCUGUGAAGUGCAGUGUCGAUGAAGUGUCUCCCGGAACAAGCCGCGACACUACCAUGAGCAUCACCACACCGUCAGAGCCACCCAGCUCAAAGGGCAAGCAAAGAGCUACAGACUUGGCUGAAGUCGGCGACGAAGAUAUCGACAGCGGCAGCUGGGAUGGCAAUGGCAAGCCGCGGAAGUUCUGGAUCCCAAGCGCCGAUUGCAACAUUGUCAUGGGUGGUAAUGCCGACCCAAUCAUUGCCACAUCUAACAAUACUACCGGCGACGGCCAUGCGAACAGGCUCUCCGCGACGAUUCAUCCAGAAGACGUACAAUGGGCUUCAGACUUCGCAUCCAUCACGUCCCAGCCACGGCCGCUGAGCGCCGCAGCAGACCGGAACAGCUUUCCCAGCUCCGAACCUGCUGUCGAUGUCCGAUACUCUCACUUCCCGCCUUUCCGCUUCUCUGCCGAGUUUCCGAACCCAAGGUUGUUGAAGGAGAAGAAGCGAGUCUACUCACGUACUGUAUUUUACGCCGGCAGCCUCUGGAAUAUCUACAUACAGAAAGUGGCAACCACUCGCAACAAGCAGCUAGGCGUGUACUUACAUCGUGCUAAAGAGCGAGAGACCGAGGAAGUUAUCGCCGGAACAGCAGGCUUGGCACAAGGCAGCGUCGACGAGCGUAUAGGCCAGCUCGAGCGCGAGAUGAUCUUGCGUUCCGAGCGGCGAGAACGAAGGCAGCGCAGACGCACCACUGUAGGCAGCGACGGUCUGGACGUGGAUGGUGCCGAGAGCUCAGGUAGUGCCGGCGACCUCGAACCCACCGUCGCCGGAGCCGCGUCCUCAGCUGAAGGAACAACUAUCAAAGCGAGUACGAUGCGUAGUCUUCUCUCACGCCGCCGCGGCCACAAAGCCGGCCAUUCCGACAUUGCAGCCAGUAGUAGCGCACCCAUCUCCGCGACCACAGCGAUGGGCUUCAGCAACAACGAUGUCUUCACGCCCACCUCCGACUCCGACGACUCCGACUACGACUCCGAGACGGAACGCAUGCUCGCGGCAUCUCGCAAAUCACAUAUCCCUACCUUACCACCCUACGUCGAUUCCCGGCCGCAGAUCAAGACGUACUUUAAGAUCUACUCACCCUCUCGUGGCGGGCGGAUGUUGUCAGUCUACGAGAGCGCACCGGAUCGAUUCAAUUUCUCGCAGUCGUGGGGUUGGAAAAGCAGUACGCUUAUGCUGGAUGAAGGGUUGUUGGGCGAGGAUGCGGAUGACGCUGCUGGGCCGCAACCGUCGCCUACUUCCGCCAAUGCGGAGGAGGCGGCGGGUAACGCAGCUGCUGCACUGCCGGAGAAGAUUGGCAGCGGUCGUGGCAUGAAGGGUAGAGGAGAUGGCAAGUUACGAUUUAUGAUUGUUAUUGGGAAUGUCUAG